AUGGCUUCAUCUAGGGCUCUGAUGAGACCUGUGCGCUCAUUUGGAGUACGAACACCAAUCUUGUGCAGGCCAUGCCUUCGCACCAUUGCAACGACAUCAAAUGCUCAAGCUGCUGUAUCAAACGGUUCUUCCGAGACUCCUAAAAAGCUUAAGCCUCUCACACAAGAGCAACGUGACUACCUGGACUCUGCUCUUCGUGUCAAUCAGGCUGGUGAGCUUGCUGCUGUUCUCAUCUAUGCCGCCCAGUCGCCUAUCCUUGUCCGAUCAAAGCCACACCUCCGCAAGCUGAUGGCGCACAUGUAUGACCAAGAAGAUGGCCACUUCAAGACGUUUAACAGUCUCAUACACAAGCACCGUAUCCGACCUACUGCCAUGUACCCUCUAUGGUCCGUCAUGGCGACUGGGCUGGGUUGGUCCACCGCCAUGAUGGGUUACGAAGCUGCCAUGGCUUGCACCGAGGCCGUCGAAACCGAGAUUGGGGGGCAUUACAAUGAACAGAUUCGAACUCUGUUGGAAAUGGUUACGCAGUGGGAGGCCGAAGGCUACGAAGUUGGUCAGGAGUUGUCGAACCUUGUCAAGACCCUUAGGGUGAUUCGAGAUGAGGAGCUGGAACAUCUGGAUCAUGCUGUUGAGCAUGAUGCGCAAAAAGCAGAGCCUCAUUGGCUCCUUACCGGCGUCAUUCGUGCAGGCUGUCGCGGAGCUAUCUGGGUCAGCGAGAGGGUGUAA